GGGUCACAGAAAGUUUAAGAGUGCCUUACAGGGGAGACUAGCUUCUUUUUGCCUCAACCUUUACACACUGACGGGAUGUUACAGGUUUUGCUGCUUACUCUCUCUGUAGUUGCCAUUGCUCAUGCUGAGCUCUGCAAGCCAGAUGCACAGAAUGCUUUCAAAGUACGGCUUAGUAUCAAAACAGCUUUGGGAGAUAAUGCAUACGCCUGGGAUGCUAAUGAAGAGUACCUCUUCAAAGCAAUGGUGGCUUUUGCAAUGAGAACAUAUUCCAACAAGAGCACAACUCAAAUUUCCGAUGUGCUGCUCUGCAAUGUGACAGAUCGGGUGUCAUUUUGGUUUGUGGUCACAGAUUCUUCCAAAAACGUGACAACUGUUCCUGGAAGUGAGGUGGAGGCAGCCAUCAGGAUGAACCGGAACAGAAUCAACAGUGCCUUCCUACUGAAUGACAAAACACUGCAGUUCCUGAAGAUAACUUCAACCUUAUCACCUCCAGUUGAACCCUCCACACCUGUCUGGCUUAUCGUGUUUGGUGUUGUUCUUUGUCUCAUUGUGGCGGGAAUUGUUUUCCUCGUUGUUGCAGGGAUUCAACAACGCAAGAAAAAGAAUAAAGAGUCAGCAGAGAGAGAAAAUUUGGAAGAGAAAGGCGAAGUGACAGUAGCGGUAGAAAAUGGGAUUCCUUGCGAAACGCUGGAUUUAAAAGCAGGCCACAUUAAUGGAGUCUUUGCAGCAGAUGAUGAACGGUUCACGUCCUUAUGAAAUGUUGCCAUUGCUAUCUAGUGGUUUUUUGAAAAAAACUCCUGUGCCUACCUUAUCUCGUCACUACUCCUGAAUAUCAAACAUGAAGACCAGAGAAAUGUCCUUUCACUUAAUUUCCCUCGAGAGAACCUUUUACUGAUAACACAUACACUCAAACCUCCAUUUACAGAGCUUUUGUUCAUGAGCAAAGCAAAUGAGAAGACCUCAGAUGAUAUCCAUUAAAGAUUUCCAGAAGCUGUGUAGCAGAACAGGGUUAAAAUGUGCCUUGUGACAGGCGUUUAAUUUUUAAUGAUUAUUUAAAUAUGUCUGUUGCUUAUUUUCCCCCUGAUGUAAAUGUGAAAUGGCAUUAUUCCUGAAUGUCACUGAGGAGAUCAUCUAUCAUUGUCAGUACUUGCUGGGCUUGCUUUCAAGCCAUAUGCAAAAGUUUCUCUGUAAAAUUACUUCUGUUUGCUGAUAUGCAGUAUGCCUUUGGAUGGAAUAGUGAUCAGUGCACGAAAGUUUUAAUUUAUCAAGAAGAAAAAAGCAAGCUUUUACAGCCUCCAUAAGAGCAGGUUAAAAGCAGCUGGGUCAUCUGUAGCUUUAGGACUACCAAGGAUCUGUUACUAAAAAUGUUUUUCACUUGGCAGUCAGUCAUAGAAUACAUGACCUGGAAAUUAAAAGUUGCAAAAGUUUGAAAUUUGUUCAAAUUAAAAGUUGCAACAAAGUGCAGAUUUUCAAAAGGUGCAGUCAGCGGUUAGUGGCCCAGCUCUCAUUAAGUCUAUGAGGGCAUUUCGCAGCUCUUUGAGAAUAGUUUCCUUACAUUUUUUAAUAAUAAAACUAGAGCAGAUUUCCAAGACAGAGCAAACCCAAGGCCAGCUGAACUUUUCAUGUGACAGCUGGAUAGCUUUCGAAAUGAUUCAGUGUUUGAAACCCCAGCUGCUGGGCUUGAUGCACCUGACCUGAAUGAGGACCUGUCGGCAGGUGGUGGUAAGUUGGCGAGAUCACUCAGAGCUGUGUUUCCUGUUUGUGUGGCUGGCAGCUGAGGGCAUCGAAGGGCGCCAGACCCUGAACAGCAUUGUUGGAUUACUCUGAGGUCAGCCAUACAUACAGACUGUGCUACCUGUGCCCUAAUCUCAUUCCCAUUUAAAUCAGUGAUAAAAGUCGUUCUGAUUUCCGAAGAACUGGGCCUCAGUAAAGGGGAGCUGUAUGUGUGGUUAACUGCACAGAGAGAAUGGAAGUGUGUUGAAGCAAAAUAUGGUAUCGGCAGUCAGCAAACAGCUGCCCACAUCACUGGAGGCAGGAUUUGACCAUUAGCCAUCCUGUUUCCAGUGUCAUGUUUGGAGGCAAUAUUAGAAAACCCAUUUACUUAUUAGGGUUAUCCCAUCGGACUCCUCACCAACAGGAACAGGGUAAAACAGAGCAAAAGCUGCUUGUAAAGGACCCUCCAGUGUCCUGAACAGUACAAAGGUUUCUUGUCUCCCAGGUACAAAUCCUUCAGCAUUUUGGCUGCAUCGAGCACUUUGGUUGUCCAUUUGGCUUAGCGCUGGCUCUGGGGUUCGGGGUGGGCAGAAGGGGAGGAAUGGGGAGAGAAGGGGAAGCAGCAGGGCGAAGGAAGCAAGCUGAGCGGGGGAAGCUGGAAGAUGGGGGAGGUGGGGGAGAGGAGGGCUAAAUGCAAAAUAAAACUAUGGAACCCACU